CUCUCACACGUCACACAGACACACAGCCUGCAGUGCUCCAUAACACUCUCACACCAACUCUGACGACUCUACACAGAAGUAUGUCGGACAUAUUCAACGAACAGUUUCGCAAUAUACUUCAGAUUGGCCUGAAUGAUGAUUUUCCUCAGCGACACCCCAAACCGACAGUGUCCCGUCAACUGUCUUCCUGCUUCUCGCCGAAGAGCCUCAGUUCUGAGAAACUCAGUGAGGACUCGUUCGGCUGGUCAUUCGACAUAUGGAGUGAGAAUGUGCCGAAGAAACCGCAGUAUCCGUUCAGGUCGGACCGAUCCAUGAGUCUGACUGACAACUAUUUCCCCAACGUCCCCAACAACAAGAUGAAGUCUCUUGAACUUCCACCUCCACCUGGAUUUCCACCUUUAGCUCCUCAACCUUCAAACCGCUAUAAGACUGAGCUGUGUCGAAGUUUCCAAGAGAAUGGCAGCUGCAAAUAUGGUAACAAGUGUCAGUUUGCACAUGGUGAGAGUGAGCUCCGAGGCCUUUACCGUCAUCCGAAGUACAAAACGGAGGCCUGUCGUACAUUCUACAACUUUGGAUACUGUCCCUACGGAAGCCGCUGCCACUUUAUCCAUGAGGAGAAAGUUUUCUCUACUCCAGCAUUCAACCAGCAGACCCAAACACCUGCCAGCCAGCAAGCACGAGUUCUUCGCCAAAGUGUAAGCUUUGCUGGUUUCCUCGCCUCUCGCAGUAUUUCCCCCCCAGUACCCAGCGAAUCCAUGGGCUUCAGUCGUGCACCGUCAGUUUCUCCUCCACCAGCUGACAUCUUGUCCCCUGCAUUCAACGACACAAGCCGUGACAUGUUUCCAUUCCCACAGAUCAGAGGUGAGAGCGAUGUCCAUACCAGCCUUCUGCUAGCAGAGCCUCCAAAGUCCUCACACUGUGUGUGGGGCCAAGGAACAAACUUUGAGCCGUUGGUAAGCAAGUGUGUCGGGAAGGAGAACCGAAGCAGUCCCUUUGGUUUCAGCCAUGCCAGCAUGCAGCGCUUCGCCUCUGAAGACUCCCUCUCAGACCAUGACAGCUACAGCAGCACAGGAAGCUCCAGUGGCUCUGAAUCCCCCACCUUUGAAAAUGCAGCCAGCAAACGCCUCACUGUUUUCGCUCGCAUGUCUGUUUCCGAGUAAUUUUUUAAAAUUACUUUUUUAAAGGACGUUUUUAGAAAUCAUGAUCUUUUCCAAAGAUUCUUUAAUAUGACCUAAUGACAAUUCUUAAUAAUGUUGUUUAUUUAUUUACUUUACUUACUGGCUAUAGGAAAUUUAUUUUGAUACACACUUGCAGACUAAAGCUAUGUAUUUGUUUUUUUUUAUUGUGUUUAUGUACUUUCUACCAUUGUGUCUUCCACUCGCUUGCUUUGCUAACAGCAGAUAUUAUCACAGACUUUGGUCAAAGGCAUCAGGUGCCAUCUUCGUGCUACUGACGUAAGCAGAGCUUGUGUCCGUGCCCAUUCCAAACAAUCAGUUGACACAAAGAAGAUAAUUUACAGGCGACUCAACCAGCAAUGUGACAAACCUGAAAUGAUAGCUAUUAUAUGUACUCACUAAGAAAUGCACUUUACCUCGACUGGGAGAUAUGUAGCAUUUAACCAAAGCAUUAUGAUCUAGUGUGCCUAUUUUAUAUAAAUGGCUUGGAUCUUGACAGCCUUUUGGUAAAAAGAAAAAAACUCCCUUUAUUAUAAUUUACACAACAAAUGUAAAGCAAUGUUUUUUUUAAAUUAUUUCUUUGUUUUGUUUUGGGUUUUUUUUCCAGACAAGACCAGUCUUGUUUUUUUUUCAUCAGGGACUGUAACAAUACAGUAUUUCUGUAGUUUAAGAUGCCUUCAUGUGCGUUGUUUUGUAAUUGUAUAGACUUAACCAAUGUAUUUAUUACGUAUUUAUUAAAGUAAUAGCAAUGUAUUUUUUACUUAUUUAUCAACACAUGUUGGGGUAUGAAAAGUGUUGCAACAAAAUGAUGGAUUCAAGAAUAAUUUCCCAAAAAUUUAUUAAAUAAAUUAUGUGGAAAGAUAA